GGUGCCGGUUCUGACAUGGACCAGCAUCUUCAUCACGCGGGUCUCGGCUCGGUAACGCCCGGACCGCCCGGAAAUGGCGGCGACAGCACGACAUCCAGCACGCCGGUCUCACAGAGCGGCAAGUCCGCCUUCAUCGAGCUCCAGCACAACAACUUGUACAAUCCCGCGAGUCUGCGGAGCGGUUAUCCGGGCGGACAUAACGUACCUGGUGCGCACCAGUUCUCGCACCAAGUCAGCUCGCUGGCACAUCAGGGCUCCGGGCCCGGCAGCGGGAAUCAACAGCAUGCGGACGCGGGUUUCCCCAGUCCCAGAUCCGCGCUAGCCGGAUAUCCGUUCGCGCCCAUGCACCAGCACAACGCUUACGGAUAUCACCUGGGAUCGUACGCCCCCCAGUGCCCCUCGCCGCCCAAGGACGGUGAGUACCCCAACUACCUCUCGCCAUUGGGUGAUAAAGGCGGAAGCCUCGUCGACGAGCUCGGCGGCGGCGGUGGCGGUUCCCUGAGGAACGGCAAAGGCAAGAAGAUGAGGAAACCGAGAACGAUUUACAGCAGCCUGCAAUUGCAGCAGCUCAACAGGCGGUUCCAGAGAACGCAGUACCUCGCGCUACCGGAAAGAGCGGAACUCGCGGCCAGCCUCGGACUCACGCAAACACAGGUGAAAAUUUGGUUCCAAAACAGAAGGAGUAAAUACAAGAAGAUGAUGAAGGCCGCGCAGCAAGGCGGGGGUGGUGGUGGUGGCCAGCACGGCAGUCUUUUAGCAGGUGGAACUGCUCUACCCGGAGGACCAUCCCCUCAACCCGGUCAACCUGGAAGUCUUAUGCAAGGAGGAGGCGGAAGUUCCGUGUCGGGCAGUCCGACGACGGGUUACCUAGGCGGUAUGGGUGGCGGGGGCGGCGGUCACACUCCCGGGAGCUCGAGCCCCGGAAGCGAGAUGUCGCCUCAGCACAACGAGAGCCCGCCGGCGCCCGCUUGGCCCGGAGAGAUGAAGCAUCACCCUCAUCCUCACGCGCCGCCCCAUACCCAUCAUCAUCCGCACACGGCCGGGCAUCAUCCACCGCCACCGCCACCGCCGCCGCAUCACGCGGGUUAUAUGCCGCAGUACUCCUGGUACCAGGCGGAUCCCAAUCCCGGACUACUCACAGUAUGGCCAGCGGUUUAACGAAGAUGUCCCUCGACCUAACUUCAGGUGAAGCAUCUCUUCGCGUUGCCGCGGACACGUAUCUCAGUGGUCUCGCCCCAAAGUGUGAAUAUGUAGCGCCUCUCGCGAGGAAAAUUGAAUGUUAAUAUUGGUUUUAAUCGUCUAAAGAAAACCCGCAUGCCGGUAUCCGUGCGGGCCGUCCGUCGAAGUGAAAACAGUACGAAUAGCAGUGCGACGUCGUGUGUGUAUGUGUGUAAUAUACACGCCCUUUAGUAAAAUAUUAAUAGUACUAACGAUGAUGCAGUCACGAGCGUCAAUCUUGAAUCGAUCGCUAUCAAAGAACGUUCUCGAAGCUGGCGAAGAGGACGACUGUUCGAGUUUCCAGUCAACGUGGUCUAUCUGUUAACGGGUCUACGGUCUCGAAGAACCGGAAGUCAUGAACGAUCCGUGCAUCGAGUGACACUUGCUGAAAUAAGUGACAGUUUCGGUGCACGUUUUUGUGGUGCUGCGAGACGUUCUCUUCUCGUUCUGUGGAAUCGACGUUGGUUGGAAGAGAGGAGCGACGUCGUCACGCCGCACGGUGAAGUAAAUGUAAUAAAAAAAAAAAAAAAAAAAAA